UUGCCGUUUCUUUGUGAAUCUUAUCGGAGCGGCAACAAAAAUAGGAAAAACCAAUUAAAAGCACCCAUACAUCAGAUCGCCUGGGGCCUGGUGUCAUGCGAAAACGAUCGAACCCGGGGCCGUUCGUGUGUAAGCGGUGUAUUAUUGCAGAUACUUGCGUAGCAGUCACAAAGAAUCGCAUUCUGUGGGAGCGAAGUCCAUUGAAAAAGCCCUGUGUCUGACUCGCAAAUCGCCAUAGAGCGAUCACUCUCCAGGCCGAUCGUGCGGGCAAUCGCCAAAGUUUAUUUUCCAGUAUCGAAAUGUGCUAAAAGCGUACCGAUCAGGCUGGAAACCAAACCAGUAUAGUGUCUUAAGAGUGAGUGGGGUUUUGCGUUGAACUUACUCCCAAAAAGGCAGAAUGACUGGAUCAGUACACGAUCCGAAAUGGAGCCUGGAGCGCCGCGAGUCCUCCGGCCAUUUGGUGUGGCGCAAGGACUCUCCGGAGUCCAAAGUCCGGUUUCGCUUCGACGUCGAGGUCCUGGAGUUCGAGAAGCAUCCCCAUGAGGAGCUCGAGGACAGGGAGGACCACUUCUCCAUCACCAGUCUCUCGGCUACGGUGGCCAUGUGUGCCACCUGUGUGGCCGUGGUCGCAGCCUCCGUAUUCCUGCCCUGGUAUUUGAUGGAGAAAGUGGGAUCGCUCUGAGGAAACGAGGCUCAAAGGCUCGGGCUUCUUGUAUAUAGGUACCUUGACGGUAUUAAGUAGACUCUUGUACAUAAACAAGCGUAGAUUUAUCUAUUUGUAAAUAGUGCGUACCUUGUAAAUAGACCCUAAACGCAGACUAUGCGGUUUUUAUAGAGUUAGAGUUCGAAAACUCUUCGUGCAAUAAGAGUGACUGCUAAUGCCAAACUAUGGAAUGUGGAUUGUAUUGUAGGACGUGUAAAUUCUCUUAAGUUUAGUCGUAUCACAAAGAUAGUUAAUGGAAUAAACGAAAUUACUUGCCCUUUAAA